CAGUGGAACGCCCCAAACAGCUCGAGCCCACAGCUCAAGGGGCCAAACAGAUCAGCGCCGCUCCCCAUGUGCAGCGGCCCGACCAGGAUACGGGACGUCUUCAAAUAUAUCAACACGUUUGUGUCCUGUUUCGUCUUCCUGAUCGGAAUCAUCGGGAACGUGACUUUGCUCAGGAUAAUCAAGGCUCACAAAUGCAUGAGAAACGGCCCGAAUAUUCUCAUCGCCAGCCUCGCUCUGGGAGACCUCAUCCACAUUGUUAUCGAUAUUCCGGUCAAUGUUUAUAAGCUUCUGGCUGUUGACUGGCCAUUCGGAGUCAUGGUCUGUAAACUCGUCCCGUUCGUCCAGAAAACCACGGUAGGAAUCACAGUCCUGAGUCUGUGUGCUCUGAGCAUUGACAGGUAUCGAGUUGUGGCGUCCAGGAGUCUUAUCAAAGCGCUGGGGAUUCCGAAGUGGACGGCUUUUAAACUGGUCUUAAUAUGGGCCGUCUCGACCCUGCUGGCCGCCCCGGAGGCUGUAGCGUUUGAUCUGAUUACGAUGGACUAUAAAGGAGAGCGGCUGAGGAUAUGCCUGCUUCACCCAGUGCAGUCCUCGCAGUUUAUGAAGUUUUAUAAAGCAGCUAAAGACUGGUGGCUGUUUGGGUUCUAUUUCCUUGUGCCUCUGGCCUGCACUGCAGUCUUCUACGGCCGUAUGUGCUGGGAGAUGCUGAGGGGAGGCGGUCAGCGCACGGAGAUGAACUACCACCUUAAACAGAGACGGGAAGCAGCCCGGGCCGUGUUCUGUCUGGUUCUCGCGUUCGCCGUCUGCUGGUUUCCGCUGCACCUGAGCAGGAUUUUGAAGCUGACCAUCUACGACGAGAAAGACCCCGGCAGAUGUGACCUGCUGAGCACCUUCCUUGUUCUGGACUACGUGGGCAUCAACAUGGCCUCGCUGAACUCCUGCAUCAAUCCCAUCGCUCUGUAUGCCGCCAGCAAGAGGUUUAAGAAACACUUCCAGUCAUUGCUGUGCUGCUGGCGUUCCUCUCACGGUCAGGACGUCCCGGAUGAGACGGAAAACUUCCUGAGGUCAAAGGUCACAGAGCCGGCCUCAGACAGCUCCAACAAGGACAACCCUCCAUCUAAAGACUGUGGUGCGAGUGAGAGGCCAAUUCUUACAGCCUGCUUAUGUCUCCAGACCUGAGGGUCUCCUACCUGCUGUGGAUCUGCUGAAGAAGAACGUUCCAGCUAAAGCAAGGAUGACCUUCUUCAGCUGGACCCUGCAGAGGAACCCGUUUAAUAUCAGAUACGGCCCUGUGUAAGAGGGCAUGAAGACCCUGUAUAACGGCCUGCAUGGCUG